AUGGCGACCACACCCACGCUGACGCUGAACACCGGAGCGACGAUGCCAGUCGUCGGACUGGGCACGUGGAAGUCGGCUCCGGGUGAAGUGGCCGCCGCUGUCAAGGCCGCCCUCCACGCUGGCUACCGCCACUUCGACUGCGCUGAGAUCUACGGCAACGAAGCCGAGGUCGGCGAGACGCUCAAGGCUGCGUUCGACGAAGGCCUCGUCAAGCGCGAGGAGCUCUUCAUCACCAGCAAGGUGUUCAACCACCACCACCAGGACCGUGCGGCCGAUGCCCUCCGCACCACCCUCAAGAACCUCCAGCUCGCCUACCUCGACUUGUACCUGAUCCACUGGCCGAUCAAGUUCGAGGACGCGGUGAUCCCGCAGCCCUCGCGGCAGCCCGACGGCUCGCCCAAUCCGCUCAUCAAGGCCUCGUUCGAGUUCCUGGACACAUGGAAGGCCAUGGAGGGUCUGUUGAAGGAGGGCCUCGUCAGGGCCAUCGGCGUGAGCAACUUCACCCAGGAGCAGAUCGACCAGCUCCUCGCCGACUCUCAGACCGUGCCGGCCGUGAACCAGGUCGAGUUCCACCCGUACCUCGUGCAGAAGGAGCUACUGGACUACUGCACAGCCAAGGGCAUCGUGCUGACGGCCUACUCGCCGCUGGGCUCGUCGGAUUCGUACACGGGCAAGCUGGAGGGCGCGCCCUCGCUGCUCAAGUGCGGGGUGGUGAACGGCAUCGCGGCCGAGGCGGGUCGGUCGCCGGCCCAGGUUCUGAUCCGCUGGGCCGUUCAGAAGGGCGUCGUCGUGAUCCCCAAGAGCGUGAACGAGGAGCGCAUCAGGGCCAACUUUGCCGUGUUCGACUUUGAGCUGAGCGCGGACCAGGUCGCGCGCCUCGAUGGCCUCAACCGCGACCACCGCUUCGGCCUGGGCUGGAUGCCCGGACACUUCUUCCCUCUCUGA